CGUGGUGACGCACGGGGGUUGCGGUCGGUGCGGGUGGGAUGGCGGCGGCGGACGGAGCGGCCCCGCAGCCGGAGACCCCGCGGCGAGGCCCGGCGGGGGGCGGCGAGGAGGAGACGGCGGAGGUGGAGCUGGCGGCGGAGCUGGCGGCUCGGCGCAGCCCCGGGGCCCGGCGGUUGGUGCUGUCGCCGCGGCGGCUGUCGGGCCCGCUGCCCGCUGGGCUGUCGCACUGGUUCCCGGCCCUGGAGGUGCUGGACGUGAGCGGGACGGGGCUGGCGGAGCUGGGCGAGGAGCUGCUGGCCCUGCCGCGACUCCACACGCUCCUGGCCAAGAACAACCGGCUCGGUGGGCCCGGCUCCCUGCCCAAGAGGCUGGGGCAGGCCCCGCUCGGCCGCUGCCUCCGCGUCCUCAACUUCAGCGGGAACCGGUUCGCUGAGGUGCCGCCCGGCCUGCUGGAGCUCCGCGGGCUGCAGAGCCUCAGCCUCGGGGGGAACCGGCUCCAUGGCAUCCCGCCGGACAUCCAGGAGCUCCGCAGUUUAGAGUUUCUAUACCUUGGAGGGAACUUCAUCACUUCAAUUCCACCUGAAUUAGCAAACCUGCCUUCUCUAAGCUACCUAGUUCUGUGUGACAACAAGAUCCAGAGCAUUCCACCUCAGCUGGCACAGCUGCAUUCCCUGCGCUCCCUUAGCCUGCACAACAACCUGCUGACGUACCUUCCUCGAGAGAUCCUUAACCUGGUUCAUCUGGAGGAGCUGAGCUUGCGUGGGAACCCGCUGGUGGUUCGCUUUGUCCGUGACCUGACCUACAACCCCCCAAGCCUUCAGGAGCUGGCUGGGCGCACCAUUAAAACUCGCAAUGUUCCCUAUGCUCCCAGCGACCUUCCAGAGAACCUUGUCCGGUACCUGAGCCUGGCCAGCAAUUGUCCCAAUCCUAAAUGCGGGGGUGUCUACUUUGACAGCUGUGUCAGACAGAUCAAGUUCGUUGACUUCUGUGGGAAGUACCGGCUCCCGCUGAUGCACUACCUGUGUUCCCCGGAGUGCUCCUCACCCUGCAGCUCUGCCUCCCAGAGCUCCACUUCCCAGAGCGAGUCCGACUCCGAGGAUGAAGCCAGCGUCGCUGCCCGCAGGAUGCAGAAAGUCCUCCUGGGAUAACGGGAAGGAAAACGUGUCUGAAAAGCAAUAAUGGACCAGCAAAGCGUGAGCCUCUGGUCUGAAGGGCUCAUGAGAAACUGUCCUCAAGUUUAUGUAAGGGGCAGAGUAUCUUAGCAAGCCUAGGCUUGCUUGGUGCAGUGCUGCUUAGGAGAACUAACUUGGUGGCAUACUGCCUGUAGGGUGCCUGGGGUUGCCAGAAACAGCUCCUGUCUGGGAGACUGCUCCCCCCUCUCCCUUGUACAGGCUGGGGGGAGGGGGUUGUUCUCACUGGCAGAUUGAGAAAGGUUUUAAUACCUGACACUUCACUGGAUUUGAGUCAUCCUGCAGAGCAAAGGAGACUCUCCGGAGCUCUUAGCACUGUGGUAAAUCAGAAGCAGGCUAAUGAUGCCAUGUGAGUAUGUAUGGACCCCAGUGUUUUAUAUAGCAUUUUGAUUCUUUGCUGUCUCCUUCAAUUUCAGUCACAGGUUUCACACCCAUCCACUAAAAAUGGGAACUGGGUUUUUUCAGGAGUAGGCUUUUCCAGACUCUGGUUACUCUGCCUUUGCUUAGAGGUGUAGGGUUUCUGUGCUGUUAAAGACGUUACAGCCCUCAGAGAGCUGAGACACCUUUUUUAAUCCCUUCUUAUACCAAGCUGCUCUUAGUGUUUCCUCCUAACUGUAUUUGUCAUUCCCUCCCUCUGUCUCUUCCCAUUACACCUGAAGCAUUGCUGUCUUUAUGGUGCCUUUAGAAAACAGACAGGUUGUCCUGUUGAGACUUGGUAUUACUUCACACUUGUGGCCAUACAUGCCUGUGCGAGUGACCAGGUGUGAUGCUCUGUAUCGUGUUUUUGAGUCUCAGCUUACUGGAGCAAAUCUGCAUUUAUAUCUGUGAAUUGCAGGAAAGGUGUUGAUUGCCAUUUCUUGUUUCUGAACAGCCAUGUCCCCCUGCUGCAGCCAGCUCUGCUAUGCUUGGUACAGUUACUUUCUGUGCUUAAGAUUAUCUGCUUAAAGUAGGCAGCAGCUUAAUGAAUUGGAAGUACUGAGAGAGGUGCAGUGGAGAAUGCUUUGGGGGUUCUUUUCUUACAACGUGAGAGGAAAAGCCGUUAGGGAGGCUGAGCUGCGUUGUCUGAACACCUUGCAUGAGGUGGUUUUGAAACCUCUUCCUUAUUUAUUUGUUUGCAUUUGCUCUUGUUAUAAUAGCUUUGGCAGCCUGUUGGAUGUUCAGAUAGCACAUUCGGUUAUCUUAAACUGUGUUUAAAGUACCAAGAAACAGCUUAUAAAACACCAUGAAUUGACAGGUAUCUGUAAAUCUUUAUGGGGCUGCUGUAUGUUUUGCUCAGUGAGAGCUGCCCUUUUAUUAAUACUUCAUGGCAGACAGUCCUCUUGAUGCAGUUUCAGAUAGAGCAAAUGCAACUGUGCCUUUGAAUGCAUGAGCAGAGCAAACACAUUGUGCUGAGAAGCUCAAUGAACAAGAGCAGCUUUCCUUCACCCACUUUGGCCCUAUGGGGGAAAUUAAAACCCUGUGCUGCUCUCCUGUAUUCAGAAAACAGAUGUGCCUAUUUGAAUAUCUUAUGGCAGCUCUGUGUUAAUGCUCCUGUUUAAUUAUAUUUGACACUUUAUAUGUUAAAGCACUUUGAUAAUUCUACUCUUUGUAAGUAGCUUUAGUGAUUUAUUUUUUGUUUUAAUUAGACUCCAGUUUUUCCUUUCAUGUGACCUGAAGAACAAGGUCCAUGAAACUUUGUAUGUUCCAGUCUGUCUCGGUGUGCAGGUUGAGCUUCUUGCCUUGCAUUUCCUUGUCAGCACUGCUCAUUUCCCUGGAAAUGGAACUGGAAUUUGAAAGAAGUGAUCUGGUUAUAGAACAGCACCUCAUCCGUUAGUAAUCAUUGCAACUCAGUCUGAAGAUUUCCCACAUGCACAGAUCCAUCCACAAGGAACUCAACUGCACAUGUGCAUGCUUUGUGCCUUUCCAAAUAACUUUCCAAGUAUCUUUUUAAGCCACGGUAGGGUGGAUAUGCAAAGCAACUGGAUGUCACUUUAGCAAAUUCCAUGAGGUUUGCUUGGGAAGAAGAUCCCACAGGUUUUGAGAGGAACUGACUGCAUGCUGGUAGUUAAAUUGGGAUCCAGCAAGUGGCCUGUGUUUUGUUCUUCAUCUCCUCUUUCAGAUGCUUUUUCCUGUCCCAAAUGAAUGUG